AUGAAAAAACGAGACGAAAAGCGAACUCGGGCUACCGCUGCAAGCCAAAUCGAAUCUAGCACAUCGCCCAGUUCCAUUGCUGGCUCGGGCAUAAAUCAAAGUUCUACUCCACCAUCCCAGCUAGGCAUUCUGACAACCGUGGAACAGAGCGAUCCUACAGCCGUAUCUAGUCCUAACCUAGGCGAUGUUAACUUCUGGGACCUCAAUGCAAUAGAUGGCUUCAUAUCUGGUGUAAAUACAUCUGAGUCGGCGUCUGAGACUGACUACUUUCAAAAUCUCGACUUUACCGCUCCGAGUCCAGCACAAGCCUCGCCGGCAAUAGCAUUCGAUCCUUUCUUCCCACGCCAUCAGGCCCUUCUAGCUCCUCCCUCCACUAGCACACAGAGCGGAGCCUUGCAGAACACCCCUUCCGCCAAUCUACCAUACGACGGUCGUGAUUCCAAGUCUCUGGACUCACCCUCGUCCAACACAAAGUCUAAAAGGCACGAUGCAUGGCUGAGCACUCUACAUAUCGCAGCGCAGAAUGGACACGACCGGAUUGUACGUCGGCUGAUACAAUGCAACAACGUGGAUUGUAACGAGAAGGAUAGCGAGGGCCGGACUCCUUUAAUGGUGGCCAUGAUCGAGGGCCACGAGGACGUAGUCAACUCGCUGCUCAGCUGUGGUGCCAACUUCACUGAGGUCGAUGGCGAGCGACGGUCGGCCUUGCAUUUGGCCGUCCUACACCUACGCGAGCAUGUACUAAGGACUCUGCUGGAGUAUUACUUGGAUCAAAGCGGAAGGAGGCUUGAUAUCGAUGCUUACGACGACUCUGGGAUGACGCCGUUACAUGUGGCGGUUGAUAGGGGCUUCGAACCGGGUGUUGAUAUGCUUUUGCAAAACAGUGCCAAUUUGAAUUUUAAGGCUCGCAAAAUUCAGUGUCUCCAUUAG